CAUGACUGUAUAGAAACUUUAACAAGAGUGUAUAUAAGUGUCUCACUCCUCAAACACAUGCUGGAUUUCUUCAUGUGUGGAUCACAAGUUCAGAUAUGAAGAUGUUUGGUCUUCAACUGUUUGUUUUGAUUUGUUUGUAUUCUGCAGUACAGCCGUCCAGUCAAACAGAUGUCUCAGGAUGGGACAGUGAUCCAGUAACUGGUGUAUUAUAUCAGAGAAACACACAAUCAGCACUGACCUGGCAUCAAGCUCGAGCCAGCUGCCAACAACAAGAUGCAGAUCUUCUCAGUAUAUCAGAACUACAUGAACAGUCUUAUAUAUCAGGCUUGACAGAUCGCUUGGGUUCAGCUUUAUGGAUCGGACUCAACAGUCUUGACUUUGAGAGUGGAUGGCAGUGGAGUAAUGGAAACCCAUUCAGAUAUCUCAACUGGGCUCCUGGUCAUCCCUCUCUUGAGCCGGGCCUUAACUGUGCUGCAUUAAACGCUGGUAAAGCAUCCAAGUGGGAAAGUUUGGCCUGCAGUAAGAAGUUAGGUUACAUUUGCCGCAAGGGAAAUUCAACAGAUAUCAAGCCUUCAACAGGUGUAGAUCAGCCUAACUUCUGUCCAGUGGCGUGGGUACCAUAUGCCGGUCACUGUUAUUAUCUGCAGCGCACAAAUAAGACGUGGAGUGAUGCUUUGGCCGAGUGUCACAGAGAAGGAUCAGAUCUGGCCAGCAUUCACAACAUAGAAGAACACAGUUUCAUCAUAUCUCAGACUGGAUACAUGUCGACUGAUGAGCUCUGGAUUGGUCUUAAUGAUCAAAGGAUUCAGAAUCUGUUUGAGUGGUCAGAUAGAUCACACGUCACCUUCACUAAAUGGUUUGUUGGAGAACCUUCACACAUCACAAAUCGAAAGGAGGAUUGUGUUCUUAUCAGAGGACAGGAGGGAAAGUGGUCAGAUCAUCUGUGUGAGUCAGCUCAUGGUUUCAUCUGUAAGAAGAAAGCUUCCACUAAACCUGAAGGAUCUCCAGAGGUCAUCAGUCCUGGAUGUCCAGCUGGUUGGUUUAGGUUUGGCUAUUACUGUUAUAAUGUUGCCAUAGAAACCAAAACUUUUGAUGAUGCCAAACUGACGUGUGAGCAGAACGCAGCUAACCUGGUUGAUGUUGACAGCAGAUAUGAGAAUGCGUUUCUCAUCAGUCUGGUUGGUGUUCGACCUGAGAAAUAUUUCUGGAUUGGUUUGUCUAAUACUCAUCAGAAUGAGCAAUUCCAGUGGAUCAAUGGUGAUGAAGUCAAGUUUACACACUUUAAUGUAGGCAUGCCAGAUAAGCACCGAGGUUGUGUAGCAAUGUUAACAGGAACUUCAGCAGGAUUAUGGGAUGUAUUGGCCUGCAACACUAAACAGAAAUACAUCUGUAAGAAAAUGGCAGAAGGAGUCACUACAACCCGAGAGCCACAGACCACACGACCUCUCAGCUGCCCGGCUAAAUGGACUAAAAAAGAUCCAGGAAGUUGUAUUCAGAUCUACAGAAAUAAGAAGGAGAAGAAGAAGACUUGGUUUGAAGCGCGUGACUUCUGUCGAGCUAUUGGUGGUGAUUUAGCGAGCUUUCAUUCAGAAGAUGAAAUGAGUGUGUUAUGGUAUUACAAAUCAGACCCAGCGUGGAUUGGCUUCACUUCAUUGGACAAUAAUUCUAGUUAUGUGUGGUCAGAUCAAACUCCUUCCGAUUAUCUGAACUGGGCCUCUGGUGAACCAAGCAACUACAACAAUAAUGAGAACUGUGCUGAAUAUGGCAGUAAUUAUGCACGCAUGUGGAAUGAUCGUGAUUGUGAUACUUAUAUGGACUGGAUCUGUCAGAUUCCAAUAGGCAUAACUCCAAAAUCCCCACCGACAUCAGUCAUUAAAGAAUAUAACAAGACGUCUGAUGGCUGGAUUCAGUACAAUGGCAGUCAGUAUUUCAUAAAUCUUGAAAUUUACCCUAUGGAAGAAGCUCGUGAAUUCUGUAAGAAGAAUCAUGCUGAUCUUGUUGUCGUCACUGGUCAGACUGAGAGGAGAUUCAUAUGGAAGCAGAUAUCGAGACUUGGAGAAUCACAAACUCACUUCUACAUCGGGAUGACUGUAGAGUUGGACAAAUCAUUUAGUUGGAUGGACGGUUCACCUGUUGUAUACACUGCAUGGGAAAAAAAUGAACCAAAUUUCGCCAACAAUAAUGAGAACUGUGUGGCCGUUUUGAAAAGCUCAGGAUUCUGGAAUGAUGUUAAUUGUGGUUCAUCGUUACCCUCAAUCUGUAAAAGAAGUGCUGAUUUUGUCAACACCACCAUGUCUCCAACCACUGUAGCACCGGGCGGCUGCGCUCCUGACUGGACUCUGUUUAGAGGAAAAUGUUACAAGUUUUUCAAAAAUAAGAUGUCAUGGCAUAAAGCACAAGAUCACUGCAUUUCUAAUAAUGGCAAACUGGUGUCUAUUUGGAGUCGCACAGAGCAAUUUUUUCUCACAACUUUAAUGCUAAGUGCUGUUAAUGACGUGUGGAUCGGUGCAAAUGACAUUGCCACAGAUAAAAAAUUUGUGUGGACUGAAAAUCGAGCUGUCAGAUACAAAAACUGGCUCAAAGGUCAACCUUCAUCAUGGGGCUAUAGAUGUGUUGUGAUGGUUAAACACCCAGAGAAGUUCACUGGUGUGUGGAAAAAUGCAAAGUGUGAAAAUGAGAAAGCUUUCAUCUGCAAGAGGAACACAGAAUCUCAGUUCUUUGCUACCAUGACCACAGCAGUGCCACAGAAAUACUUCAGUCUGGGCAAUGAUUCAUAUAAGAUCCAGCUGGAGAAGAUGAGCUGGGAUGAAGCGAGAAGACAGUGUAAAGCUGAUGAUGCUGAUCUUGCGAGUGUACUGAACUCCAUCAGUCAGGCGUACACCAGCCUACAAGUCGACAAUCUCAAAGAACCUUUGUGGAUCGGACUCAACAGUAACCUGCCAGGUGGACGCUAUCGCUGGGUGGAUAACUGGUUUCUAAGCUACAGUAAAUGGGCUACAGGAGAACCCAAAAACAAUUUAGCUUGUGUUUAUAUUGACACGGAUGGAGACUGGAAAACUGCAGCGUGUAACAACAAAUAUUAUUCCCUCUGUAAACGAUCAACAGUUUUUGCCCCUACAGAUCCUCCUCAGCUGCCGGGUGACUGCCCCGAAUCAGAUCAGAGAAACAGUUGGAUCCCGUUUAGAGGACACUGCUAUACAUUCAUGACCUCCAAGAGAGACAACUGGGCUCAUGCCGCAGUAGAAUGUAUGAGAAUGGGUGCAUCUUUAUUGAGUAUUGAGGAUCCAAUAGAAUCACAGUUUAUCCGACAAUACCUGGAGAUCCUGCAGGAUAAAAUCAAGUCAUUCUGGAUUGGACUUCACCGCAGUUAUAAGGGUAAUUGGAUGUGGGUUGAUAAUACGGUUGUGAAUUACACAAACUGGAAACCGCAGAUGCCGGAUAAUGUUAGAAUUUGUAUUGAAGUUCAGUCAGAGACUGGGAUGUGGAACACCAACAACUGUGAUGAUCAGAUCAGUUAUAUCUGCAAGACUGCUAAAGUUAUACCACCAACAGAGAAGCCAUCAGUCUCAGAUGAUUGACAGGUAGAUCAGAGGUGUCAUGGAUGGCUGGCAUCGCUGUGGUGGUCGUGUUGGUCAUAAUCGCUGUCGCAGGUCUUGCUGGGUUUCUGUUCUUUAACACGUACCCUUCAUACUGUAAUCAAUAUUAACGUCAAUUAAACAUGAAAUCCUCGUCAUAUUCUUAUAGAGUACACAGACAAAAAGAGAACAUUUAUGAAUGAUUUUAUUGCUAUUUUACACAUUAAAUGCCUUAAAGUUCCAAUGAGAAACACUGAAUUUUUGACAGAAAACUUCAUGACAUACAACAACUUAAACCAAAAAGCUAAACAUGUCACAUAUAUUUGGAAAGCUGAGAUUUUUACUUUUUGUAAUGAAACAUUUAUAUUCUUCUUUUGAAUGAAUGUGAUCUUUUUUUGUAACACUUGUUGUGUAAGAUGCAAACUAUACAACCUUUAUAAGCCAAGUAUUAUAACCAAUUUUAUAUGCAAUCCUUGGGAACAAUAGAAACCUGUGGUUUGUUAUUUUAUACUCUAAGUGUUGUUUUUACUCCAAGUGUUGCUUUAAUGCAAAAUAUUAUAAUCACUGAGUUGGGAAUAUAUGCAUGACAGCUCUUAAAUUGCAUGAUAAACAAAAAGAAGACAUAUAUGAUUUUUAAAUUGAUUUAUUAAGAGUAGAGAGAUUGAUGCAUGUAUUAGAUAAGAGAUAGAUUACGCUUUGAUGCAUGAUUUGCAGACCUGUGAAAGUGCAGAAGAGCUCGUAGAAGAAGAACAACGAAACUCGGUCAUAUUAUAUAUAACAUGAUAAAUGUCAGAUCAAAGGCAUCUCAUGGGGCUCCAUGUAUAAAGAACUUGGACUUGAAACCUUGUCUAGAAAUUGAUGCUACUGAAGAACUUAUUCAGAUCUGGAUGCCGCAGCCAGCAUCUCCGUUGUCUGACAGCCUGAAAUCUUGUGUGCUCUAGACUUAGCAUUUUUUAGAAUCUGUAUUUUUGUUUCUGUUCUUUUUUUAUCUAAUUCAGAAAAACUUGUAAUCGCAAACAACCAAAUUAUUUUAAUAAAUUUUAUUAAAGACAAGAAGUCUGCAUGCUUGAUCUUAGCUCAGAGAAAAUAACCACGAGGGAAGUCUUCUGCCAGUUUUGUGUAUGAUCUACAAUGCAAAAAAUGAUUUUCAAGAAAAAGUUUCUUAGUAUUUUUGUUU